CAGUGACAGUGCUUCUUCGUGCCCAUCUCCGGUGACGGCGCUGCUUUCAGCCUCUCUCUGGUGACGGUGUAGCGUAAUACUUCUCCAUCGACCGCGCAACAUAACACAAUAGUGUAAGUGUGUUUGGAGACUCAAUCUUGUGAACAAAAUGGAAUCAUCAUAUGAGGAUAUUCGACGUAAAACAAUGGAAGAGAAUAAAAAAAGGAUGGAGGCUCUCAAUCUAACUCAUCUCUCUCAAUCCCUUCACAAAUCUUCUUCCACCAUUUCAAAAACCUCACCGCGUUUCACGAAGGGUCGGCCGAGGGUUAUACUACCAGGAGAUCUUCAAGUAACCAAAAUGAAGCACUUGCGGAGACAUGGUUUACAACCAACGUUCCAAGUGAUAGAACCACUACCAUCUCCGAUGACAACACCGACAAAUCCACCAUCUUCUCAAGCACCGCCUUCUCAAGCACCACCUUUUCAAGCACCACCUUCUCAAGCGACAACAUCGCUAGCUGUGCAAACGAUAGAACCACAUCUUUCUCCGGUGACAACAACACCAACUACUGUGCAAGCGACAGAAGCAACACCUUCUCAAGUGACAACACCAAGAUCAGUGCAAGAGACAGAAACAACACAUUUCCAAGAGACAUCCUCUCACUCUGAAGAUGUGGUAGAAGAUGAGCCAGAAAUUUCUCAAAAAAGGAAUUUUACAUUUUGGGAUGUAGAAGUCAUUAAUGAGGCGGGACAUAUUUCAAAGACACACUUAAGGGUAUCAGACGUGCUUGAAGCUCCUCCUAAUGUUAGCAGAAUAAUAACUAGAUGGAAUUCAAAUGGGCAACCGGUAGGAUCAGCUGCUGGUUUGUUAGGCGGUUUUUUGGGUGAAAUUGCAAGGAAGUUUAAGGAUUUUCCUAUAAUGUACGACAAUUGGAAACUAGUUCCAUCGACAAGAAAAAAUGAAAUUUUUAAGGAUAAAAUACAGUCAAAAUUUGUUGUCGAUGAUAAAGACAACAAAAAAUAUAUCCUUUCAAGCCUUGGAAAGAAAUGGCGAGAUGCACGAUGUAGGUUGUUUAAGAAAUUUUAUAAGUGGGACAUUUCUUUGGAGGAAAAUCUACAAAAUUAUCCACGUUCUAUUAAUCAAGACCAUUGGACUAUUUUUGUCCAAUACAGGCGUAAGACAGAUACAGUGGAGAAGGCUGAUAAAAAUGCUGCAAAUAGAGAAAAGCUAAAGAUCCUUCAUACAUUAGGCUCUAAGACGCUUGCAAGGAAGAGGGAUGAGUUGGUAGGAUUUUUUCAAUCUACUAUUGAUUGCAUACUUAAUUGA